CAGAAAGUAGGAAGCAUUUUCUCGUUUGUGUCAAAAUCGUAGUAAUUUUUGCGAAAAUUCGCAUCGAAACUCGUCUGAUUUUGAGCGGAUACGAUUCGCGUGUGAGAAAUGACUGUGUUGCAUCCCAAGCUAGGAUACAACUCGCUAGCUAGUUGAGAUGAUUAAAAAAUGAAUGAAGGUGAUUCAGCGGGAGGGCAAACAGGUCGUAUCCUAGCCCUUCCUGCUGGGACUGACCAGAGAAUAUUAAGCAUCAGCAGUGCAGACCAUUUGCCCAUUGGGCCUGUGGUAGUUUCAUCACCAAUGUCCCGUUCAUCUGCCGAUGAGAGACAGCAACAUUUUAAGCAUCUACAGCAAAUGCAGAGCACUGGAAGUCAUACAAGCAAAUCACAUAUAAUUACUACCGCGGGUGGAAUAGUUCCUUGUAGUCAGCAAAAGUUUCCAUCAUCGGCAGGUAGUGGCAGUAAUGUAUUAGUCAGUGCUGUAAACAAUGUGAACAAUGACACAAAUAGUACCGUUGUUAUCAGACCUUUGGACAGUGAAGUGCGAACGCAGAAUUCUAUUAUCGAAUCAAGUGAAAGUAACAGUGCAAGUGGUGGAAUAGUUAAUCCGAAACAUCCCAGUGGAUUCGUUGGUGAUUUUAGUAGUAUUUCAAGUGGUAACAAUAACAUUGAUAUAAUUUCCGGAAAUACUUACACACAAACUGCAAGUGGAAUAGUGAUUGGAACAGGAUCGGGUACAGGAAUAGGAUCGAUUGGGUCUGUUCCCGUUUCCCCAACUGCCCGGAAACGGCUAAAACUUGAAAGCCCUGUAGUCGAAGUGGAACAUGAUAUUUCCACAUUAAAGAAACUUAUUCUAGAGCACAAGUAUAUGAGAUUACGGAGUAUUAAGGAAAAAUACUCGGAACAUGUAGCAGAACUGUUUUUUCUUCAAUCCGGUGGUACUAUGAUGGAAUAUCCUGUAUGGAGAAAGAAACCUCACACACCAGCAUUUUUGAAUUUUAUGCGUACGUAUAAACUAGAACCGUUAUCAUCCAACCUGGAAGAAGCAGGAGAAAUACUUAAACAACAAUCAAAUCGUUCGCUGUCGUCGACAAGCGCGGGAGCAUCCAAUCUACCACAAGGAGCCGAAAUAAAGAUUCCCGGUGUGGGAGCUACCCCAGUAGCCGUGUCAACUCAACUACCGGCCGCGGUGGCUCAGCUGAGUCAGCAGGGUCACGUACCCGGCAGACCUCAAGGGGGUCGUCACGGGAUGGUCUUUGGCCAGAUUAGCGUACCACCUGUGGUAGGAAGCUCCUCUGUACCUCUGGUGCCAGGCGGUACCCCUAUUCUACCGGAUCCGAUUGGUAUUGGAGCGAGCACGACCGUUGAGCGAAAGAAACACCUUUCUGCUAGUAGUUCUGGCGGAGCAGUUGCAUCGCCUACUCUUGGCAUAUCUAUGUUGACCGGGUCCGCUGCUUCCGGUUCUAAUGGGGCUUCAGCUUCCGGAAAUGGCGACAGCUCAGGAUACUCCAGCCACCAGCACCAAAAUGGAACCAACUCUGCCAACUCUGCUGCUGGAAGCGGUAGUGGUGGUGGAGGUGGUGGAAAUGGUGGCAAUGGUCAGGACCAGUAUACCAAUAAAGCGAAACAGGAAGUGUACGUAAUGCAACGGAUACAGGAGCUUCAGAAGGAAGGUUUAUGGAGCGAAAGACGACUACCGAAAAUCCAAGAGCCACAACGGCCAAAAGCACAUUGGGAUUAUUUGCUGGAAGAAAUGGUCUGGCUGGCAGCAGAUUUUGCCCAAGAACGAAAAUGGAAAAAGGCGGCAGCAAAAAAGUGUGCACGGAUGAUUCAAAAACAUUUCCAGGACAAGGCCAUGGCUGCGCAGCGUGCGGAAAAAGCACAAGAGCUUCAGUUAAAACGUAUCGCCGCAUUUGUUGCUAAGGAAAUAAAAAUCUUUUGGGGUAAUGUCGAAAAACUCGUUGAAUACAAACAGCAAACCAAGCUAGAUGAGAAACGAAAGAAAGCUCUUGAUCAACAGCUAAGUUUUAUUGUCGAUCAGACGGAAAAAUAUUCCCAGCAGUUGGUGGAAGGUAUGAACAAGACACCAACUGUAACUGAUCGGAAUACUAGCAAAGCAAACAGUCUCAAUUCCAGUCAAAUAUCUUCGCCAUUGCCGAAAAGUGCUUCCGACGACGAAUUUCACCCGGAUAGUGAAAAUUCGGACGAUGACGAAGAAACUAUCGCAAAAGCUGAAGCCGAAGCCACUGAAACUAAUGAAGAAGUGGCAGCUCUGCAGAAAGAGUCGGAAAUGGAUCUGGAUGAUUUCUUGAAGAAUCUACCUAAAGAUUAUCUGGAAAAUCGGGACAAAAUUAUACUAUCGGAACCAGAAGAGAGUGAAAAAGGAAGCGAGGAUAACGAUAAAGACUUCUCCGCCGAUGAAGAUAGCGUCGACGACGAGGAUACAAUUAUGGAACAGGAAAAGCAGGAGAAACACGAAGAUCACAAAAAAGAAAUAGAUGAGUUAAAUGCCGAGAAUGAAAUGAGUAUAGAAGAGUUAAUGGCAAAGUAUAAACGCACACCGGAUGAAAAAAUGGAAGUGGACUCAGAUGAUGCGGAGAGUGAAUCAGAAAAUGCUUCAGAAUCCAGUUCUACUGUGCAAGAUUCGGAGGACGAUGAAGUUGAGUCAUCGGAUGAUGACAUGGAAAAAGAUAAUCAGCAAGACGUGGAAGAUAUUGGUUUGAAAAAUCUCCUAGACGAAGAAAUUGCAAAUAGAAGUCAAAGCGAAAAGGAUGAAAUGUUGAACGAUGCGGCUGCCAUAGCUGAGAGUAUUCAACCAAAAGGAAACACGCUCUCAUCGACCAGUGUCGUAACACCUAUACCGUUUUUGUUGAAGCAUACUCUUCGAGAAUACCAACACAUUGGCCUUGAUUGGUUGGUAACGAUGCACGAUCGCAAACUGAACGGAAUUCUUGCUGACGAAAUGGGUUUGGGCAAAACAAUUCAAACUAUUUCACUGUUAGGUCAUUUGGCUUGCAUGAAGGGCAACUGGGGUCCGCAUCUGAUUAUCGUCCCCUCUUCCGUUAUGCUUAAUUGGGAAAUGGAAUUUAAAAAGUGGUGCCCAGGUUUUAAAAUACUUACAUAUUAUGGAUCCCAGAAAGAGCGUAAACUGAAAAGAACAGGUUGGACCAAAGUGAACGCAUUUCAUGUUUGCAUCACCUCGUACAAGUUGGUAAUUCAGGACCACCAAAGCUUUCGACGGAAAAAAUGGAAAUAUUUGAUAUUGGACGAGGCACAAAAUAUCAAAAAUUUCAAGUCCCAACGUUGGCAACUGCUGCUGAAUUUUCAAACCGAACAGCGUUUACUGUUGACGGGAACACCGUUACAAAAUAAUCUCAUGGAACUGUGGUCUCUGAUGCAUUUUCUGAUGCCUCACGUGUUUCAGUCACAUCGCGAGUUCAAGGAGUGGUUUUCCAAUCCCAUGACCGGAAUGAUUGAAGGCAAUUCAGAGUACAACGAGACGAUAAUCAAACGCCUUCAUAAGGUAUUACGACCAUUCUUGUUGCGCCGGUUGAAAUCAGAGGUUGAGAAACAGAUGCCAAAGAAGUACGAACAUAUCGUCAUGUGUCGCCUGUCCAAGCGACAGCGUUUUCUUUACGACGAUUUCAUGAGUCGUGCGAAAACAAAGGAAACCCUCGCCUCUGGUAAUUUGCUGAGUGUGAUCAACGUGUUGAUGCAAUUGCGAAAAGUGUGCAACCAUCCUAACAUGUUUGAAGAACGUCCCACUAUUUCUCCUUUUCGAAUGGAGGGAAUCAGUUUCCGGACCGCUUCACUUGUCUACAAUAUGCUAAAUUAUGACCCGUUCACGCAAAUUGACUUGUCUUCCCUGAAUCUAGUACUACUGAAAUUGGAGCUUGUACUGUCCGCAUAUGUGGCACACCGGUCGCAACGGUUAUGUUUGUCGAAGCGACUGAUAGAGGAAAUUGAUAGCACUCCAGAACCUGCACCACGAUGUCCAACAGGAAGACUGAAAUUGCACGUUCGUGUGCCUAAUCUGAUAGUACAAGAAACUAUCAGUAGCAGCACAGGUGUACGGGUUGGCACCAGUCCAGCUAUGAAGACUGAAGGAACACGUUUUGUUCCACUUGUAAAUUCGUCACUAGUAGAUAGGAAACCUUUGAUCGAGGAAAUCAGUGCGCAACCAGUGGCAGCCACGGCGAUACAGUUAGACGAUUCUCUAUCGUCGAAUGUACAUUUACGAAAACGAUGUGAUAUGACUAGUAGUAGUUGUAGUAGUAAUGGUAGUAGUAGUAGUAAUAGUGGUAAUAAUAAUAAUAGCAGUAAUAGUACGAGUAACAGAAUUGGUGCUGGACACGUUACACAAAUUGUGCAUACAACCGCUGGAAGACAAAUCAUUUUAACAACAAAUACUAGUGGACAAGUAUCGGGUGCUACGGGUACAACUCUAUUGACGACUAGUGGACAACGAUUGACUCUUGUAAAUCGAUCAAGUGUGUCCAGUUCCAAUGCGGCAAGAUUACCGAUAGUCUCUCGGAACUUUCUUACACAAGCCAACACCCAAAAUCUCACUACAGCUGCAAAUCCAAUAUCUCCGACGCUGGCAGCUUCAAUUGUUCAGCAGCUCAAGCACCAUUCCUAUUCAUCAACUGCUAAUCUUACUCCGGAGGAGUUAGAACGAAAAGUUCGCACUGAAUUCUACUUAGCCAGUGUUGAAGAUUCUCGAAAAGAACGGAGAGGACAAAUUUUAGAACUGCUAGGUCGUUUGAAUUUGAAGCGUUGUGAUUCGGCACCGAUAUACGGAGAAGAUCUGCGAGAAUCUGUUAGUAGAAUAUGCUCUGAAAGUUUCUCAGACACUGAUUCAGUUCCUAUCACAUCUCUUGGUAGUCAUUACUGUGCGAUUGCAUCUCAAAACCCAAGCUGGAGCUUAUCAAAAACCAUCAAGUCUAUUCAACGACGAACUGUUGACUUUCGUUCGUUAUUAAAUAAUUUUGUCAUUUACGUACCUGCUGUUUGUGCUCCGUCACCAUGUCUUCAUAUAUCCCAUCCAAAUCCAUCGAUGUAUAAUGAAGAAAGAGAAAGGGACGAAGAAAUUCAGUUCACACUCAAGCCCACACUGAAAAUGUUUCAUCCGAUUAUUUCGGCUAUGAACACGCAGUUUCCUGAUCCUCGUCUGAUCCAGUAUGAUUGCGGUAAAUUGCAAACCUUGGACCGGUUAUUGAAACAGCUUAAGUGUGGUGGCCAUAGGGUUUUGAUUUUCACUCAGAUGACUCGGAUGUUAGACGUACUGGAGGCGUUCCUCAAUUAUCAUGGCCAUAUAUAUCUGCGAUUGGAUGGUACGACUAAAGUCGAACAAAGACAACUGCUGAUGGAACGAUUUAACGGCGACAAACGUAUGUUUGUUUUUAUACUUUCCACACGAUCCGGCGGAGUUGGUAUCAAUCUGACCGGAGCGGAUACUGUGAUAUUUUACGAUUCCGACUGGAAUCCAACCAUGGAUGCACAAGCCCAAGAUCGUUGUCACCGAAUUGGACAAACAAGAGAUGUUCACAUAUACCGAUUAGUUAGCGAGAAAACCAUCGAAGAAAAUAUUCUUAAGAAGGCCAACCAAAAGCGCAUGCUCGGUGAUUUGGCAAUAGAAGGGGGAAAUUUUACUACUGCUUAUUUCAAGAGCUCAACUAUUCAAGAUCUUUUUGCAGUAGAUACGGUUGAGGAAGAUGCAUCCGCUCGAUUAGCAGAAGUAAUCGAGAAAGAAAAAGAACGAAAAGAACGUUUACAGCAGAGUUUAAGUGUGGCCAGUACAUCGGCCAGUAGUACUAGUGCAGCACCCCCACUCGAAGAGAGUAAGUCGGCAAUUAACGUUUUUGAAUCUGCGUUAGCUGCGGCUGAAGACGAUCAAGACGUGCAAGCAGCUAAAUUCGCCAAGGCAGAAGCAUCUGCGGAUUUGGAGGAAUUUGAUGAAAAUAUCCCAAUUGAUCAAGAACCGCGUGAACGUGAACCUGAAAUGAGCAAAGCCGAAAAGGAAGUUGAAAAUCUUAUCAACCAGCUAAGCCCCAUUGAACGGUACGCAAUGAGAUUCGUGGAAGACACGGAAGGUACGUGGACUGCCAUUCGUUUGAAAGCAGUUGAGGCAGAGAUAGAGCAGCAGAAGCGCGACUGGGAGGCCAAUCGAUUAGCGCAACAGAAACGGGAAGAAGAAGCAGCUCGUCAGCAGGAAGCGGAAGAAAACGAUCUACUAACGUUUUCUCGCGAGGAUGCCCAGAAUCAGAUUUGGAUAUCAGAUAACACAAUGGAAAAAAUGCCGAUGUGGUGUCCGCCGACGCCACCGCAGGAUGAUAACGACAUCUAUGUGGAUUAUUCGCUCGGUUUUUUGUACGAAAGGGAAAUCAUUCCUGAAUCGCAGUUACCGCCAGUUUACGUUAAAAAAGAGUACAAACGUAGUCGUUCGGAGGCAGGAUUCUAUCCAGACGGACGUCGUCCAGUGAAAAUCCGGAAAGAAGAUACCUACUAUGCCCCUCGGUCUCUAUUCGAUCGUCCAACACCUCAAAUCGCAAAACUUCGCAAAGAUUACAAGAUGCAACGAUACAAGGGUAUUAUAAAACCUUUUCCGAUGGCGGGUCUGAAGCCUACGAUGCCAGUAAAGCAACUUGUCGAACCCGAAGGAAUGCCGGAAUGGAUGAUUCACGAGGAUAUGGCCAUGUUAAAUGUAAUUCAAAAUUUACAAGGUUUACCUUUAAAUUUGAUGUUAGUUUCUCCGGGUCAUACUCCGAAUUGGGAUCUGGUAGCAGAUAUUGUUAAUCAAUCCUCGCGAACAUAUCGUUUACCGAAACAAUGUCGUUAUCGGUACGAUACGGUAAUAAUUCCUCGAGAAGAAGGCAAACUGCUUGAAAGCCCUAAAAAGCAAAAGAAAAGCAAAAAUCCUUUGAAGCAAUCUCCUUCAAAAAGUAUGCGGGCAAUGCGAACUGCCCAACUUUUUACAAGUGAUGGAAAUAGUUCGUACAUGAAGCUCGCACGGCAGAAGUUUGAUAACAUUAAGUUGGCAUUCGGUAAACGGGCUCCACAGGCUAAGCAAAUGAUUGCAAAUCCCCAAAUGAAGAACCCUAAACAUGCUGCUGUUUUGGUCGAAUACGGCAUUUCUAACUACGAUUCUCCGCUGACUCCAGUCGAAAUUGCAACUAAACGGGCUGAAAGAAUUUCUAAAGAGAAACAGAAAAAUGCCAUUUUGAUGCAAGGACAGGAGCAGCUCGCACAGCAACAUGCCCAACAACAGCAACUUGCCCAACAGCAACAGCAAGCUCAUCAGCAACAACAACUACAACAACAACAACAACAACAACAGCAGCAGCAGCAGCAGCAGCAGCAACAGAUCCAAGUUCAGGUUACUCAACAGGUUCAGCAGGUGGCUCAACCCCAGCAGACACAUGUAAUUCAACAGCAGAUUCCUCAGCAAAUACAAAUCCAAUCACAUGCACAACAACAUGUAACAUCAGCUACACCGGGGAGUCAAGUACAGCAGACCACAAUUGUGGUGGGAGGAGUUGGUUCGAAUGCUUCGCAAACUGUUGCCACUUUGGUUCCGGCUCCAUCAAUACAGACAGGGCGGCAGCAACCGGUGGUUAAUAUUUGCUCUACCCCCGGGCAGCAACAGAUUGUUAAGGCCAUAGUAGCCAGCCAAGCAAACCAAAACAUUCUCACGCAACAGCUAGCAGUUGCACAAAAUAGUCCGCAACAACAAGUUUCGGUUGUUUUGACUACUCCUGUUACGACUAUGUCUGCGAACUCGGUACAACUAUCGCAACCGCAGAUAGUUUCUAUUCACCAAUCUGCUCCACAGAUAAUUCAAAGUAAUCCAUCGAUAACACAAUCUUCAAACUCUAUUGUUCAAACUCUGGCUACUCAAUCAUUGCCGCAAGUCGUCUCAGUUGCUCAGUUGGCUACCGUGGGAACUGUAAUGUCAACUGGGAGCCCAAUGUCUCAAUCGCAGGUAGCGACACUAACAACAUCCGCACUGAGAGCUCAACGUAUUGUCGCUCCGCCAGGUACUUUGCAAGAAGUGGUUCUUCAUCAACGACCGGGUUCUCAAAGUCCGACCGUAGUUAGUGUGAGUGGUUUAGGUCAAGGAUUGACUCAAGCUCAAUUGCAAACCGCUCAGCUUCGUCUUUCUAUGGCUGGUCAACAAGUAUCGGGAGUUGUGGCCAAAGGAAUAUCAGUGGGGACAGUUACCAGUGCAGGCAAGCCGAUCAAUACGUCCCAGAUUCAGUUCUAUCGCCAACAACCAAUAAGACAACAACUGAAGGUGUUACAUCCAAGCGCAGGCCAAGGUGGUACAACAACCGUACUUCAGCAAGCGGCAGGGCAGCCAACAUUAGUUAGCCCAGCAAUCAUUCAGGGAAAUAUUAUUCAGACUGGAGGUCAGACAGUGCAGGUUCAACAAGCAGCACAAAAAGUAUCGGUGAGCCCAGUUAGUACCGCAGUAGUCAGUGGAACUGCAACACAAGCAGGUACCAUCGCAACAGUCCAAGUAGCUCCCGGUCAGCAAAGGACACAAUUCAUCAAACAAGUCGGCACUAAACAAAUGAUAACAACAAGACAAGUUACCGAAAACGAAAUGCAACUGAUGGUAAAACGACAGAUUAUCAGCCAACAACAUAAACAGCAAUUGAUACCACAGACACAAAUAUUUGCCCCGGCGAAUCUUCAGGUACAGCAGGCCGGUGCUUCUGGAGGUCAGCAAAUAGCCACGUUGGUUAAGACUUCGAGCGGUACAGUAGCAGCAACAGGCAUGACACUUUCGCAGGUGAAAGCUGGACAGAUUAAGACUAUCAGCAAUCAAAGUCAAGUUAGGCAACUUCAGCUUCAACAACAAAUAAUAGCUGCGCAACAGCGGAAAAGUGGAGGAAAAAUGACCCAAAUUACGCAGGUGGCUGGUAAGGCAGGUCAACCAACGCAGUUAUUCGUGCAAAGUCCUAAGAAUCUUCCGGCUGGUACAGUUACAGUCCAGCAAAUACAACAAGUAAUAAGACAUGCCCAACCUGCUUCUAUCGCCGGUGGAGGUCAGAUUGUGCUAGGAAAGACGAGCGUUGGAAGAGUUAUUCCCGUGUCCGUUUCCCAACAGGCCAAUCAGAGACAGACAAUUCAGGUAGUAACUGCAACAUCAGCUGCUCAAGCUAUAGCUGCCGGCAAUAUCCGUACUCACGUACCGACCCAAAACAUAGGAACAAUAAAGGUAGCAGCGGGAGCAACUCCUGCUCAGCAGCAGCAGGCUAUCUUAACAGCGCUGCAGAAUCAACAAAAUCAACGUCAGAAUGCCAGCCCCGUUCGGUUGCAAACUUCAAGUGGCUCAUUAGUUGCGGUUACUGUUCAGCAACCGCAAGCAGUAGUCACAGCACAGAACUCGGAGUUACAGCAAACACAACAAAUCACGUCAGGACAGUCACAGCAAUCACAAGCGACCACACAACAAGUGCUUCAAAUACAGACGCAACCACAGCAAAUUAUAACGGCUACAGCAACAGCCUCCGGCACAGCCACCGAUGGGAAUACUACCAUAGUGCAAGCUCAACAACAGUCACAGCUAGUUUCACAACAGCAGCAACAGUCGUCUACAGUGCAGCAACAGGUGAGUAUGAUAAAGAAGAAGCAAUCGCCGAGUGGGAAAUAGAAUCUAAGAAUGUCAUUAUUUGAAUUAGUACUCGACAGGUAGUCCUUAAACGAGGAGCUCACCGGACUAGUUUGAUAUCAAUAUUGGCAAAACAUAUUUGUACUUCAAUAGUUGUAUCUGUAAUGUUUGGCAUAUUAUGGAAAAAAAAUCUAGAAUAAUCAAUCAAGUCUUAAAAUUCAAUGUAAGAAACUGGAUGCACUGUUGUACUUGAAAUUCGAAUAUAUAGACCAAUGAUAGCAUUUUACACACAUGUUAAAUGUCUUUCAAGGAUAUUUGAUUUUCGAUUCCUUGAGUUAUAAUUGAUUAUUCGAUACAUUAUGACGUAUCCUCACAAGACUUCCAGAACAAGCCAUAAAUUCAAAGUUUUUAGAGUCGCUGCUAGUCUCAACA